CUAUGGUGAUCGUUUAGUACAAAGAAUAACUUAGCUUAGGGGAAAACAAUUUUGUAUAUCGACAAUGAGGUGAGCUUGCCCCUCGUUUCACAUCUGUCGUUGAAUAAAGAGCUGCCAGUAGAAAGAUAAGCAAAUAUGGCCUUGCUGUAUAAGGAUGUGAAGAAGAUUUCAGCAUAUCGUGAUAGAAGGUUUCCAGGAUCACAGGAAGAAUAUGAGCAUGCACUUGAAACUUCAACAACCGUCUAUAUUGGCAACAUGUCUUUCUAUACUACUGAAGAGCAACUUUAUGAGCUGUUUUCUCGAGCAGGAGAAAUUAAAAAGAUUGUUAUGGGUCUGGAUAAGAACACAAAAACGCCUUGUGGCUUCUGCUUUGUCAUGUAUUACUCCAGGGAAGAUACUGAAGAUGCUGUGAAGUACAUUAGUGGGACAAUUCUCGAUGAUCGUCCUAUUCGUGUAGAUUUUGAUUGGGGAUUCCAGGAUGGAAGGCAAUGGGGUCGCGGGCGAAGUGGUGGACAGGUGAGGGAUGAAUAUCGCACGGACUACGAUCCUGAUAGAGGUGGUUAUGGAAAAUUGGUGCAGAAAGAGUUGGAAGAACAAAGACAGGUAGUAGAUUAUGGUGUUGGAUCGUUGGGAUCUUUUCAGCCCCCUCCUAUGCCUCGUAACUAUGUAAGACAUGGAGGUGGUGAUCAUGGCUAUAGGGGCUCCCACCGACAAGGCAGAGGAGAUUACCACCGAAAGAGAUAUCGUGAUGAUGACCGCCGUGGCCCAGAAAUCUCCAAAAGGAAUUUUGAACAUGAAUCUCGAAGAAAUUCUGAUCAUGAUUCUAGACAGGAGAAAAAUCCACGUUUCCGUGAGCAUGGUGACUCGGAUGAGGAGGAAGAUGACCGUAAACGACAAAAAUAAGUGUAAUUCAGUUUAUCUAGUUAUGAGCAGUUUGGGUAAAGUUAUCAAGACGUUUCCUUUCUGUACAAUAUUGUUAAGAUUUAUUUUUCAAAACAAUAGUUUGAAAUUUCUAGCAAAAGAAGGAUGAACUCCUAGUUUGUAUUUUUUUUUUUUUUUUUUUUUAAAAAGAAAAUCUAUGCAUGUAGUCUUGUAACAAUUUGGUUCAUAUACUUGAUUGAAAGAGUUAUGGGCUCACUAGCUUAGAUUCUUAGUCGUAUGUAGCAGUUAGUUUGUUUAGAGAGUGAUUGACUUGUAUGGUUAUUGUAAUUCGUUUUAUGAUAAGGCAUACCAUGAUUCAAAAUAGAAGUUGUGCCUUGCUA